CAAAAUUCAGCCGUGUACACAACUACGAAGCUCAAAAUUGUUGCCUUUUAUAAACUAAUUUUAAAGAAGCAAAGCAAACCCAUGUAUAAAACAUUGUUGAAGAAUUCCUGAUGAUAAAGAAACACCUGCUGCAAAUAGUGCUUCUGUUUAUAAUAAGUAUCGAGGAAUGUGUUUGUCAACUAGUUAGCAACACUGGAGAACACCAACUUAAGUUUCAGCAUCAUGUGAUUGUUGGAAAGUUUGCUUGACAGAGAGAAAGUGAUAAUCUACGAUGGAAAAACACACUCCAGAGCUUUUCCUUGAUCUAAGCGAGGGUGCUGUUCUCUCGUUUAUGGGCCAAUCCUGGAGAAUUAUCAGGUGUCGUGGGAUGGGUCGCUGCGCUAAGGUUUACCAUGCAGUGUCAAGCGAGGGCGGUGCACAGCUAGCUAUUAAGGCUUUCCGAAGAGAAGAGAAGUAUCGCCUGGUAUUUAUAAAAGAGAUCAGAAACUUGGAUGCCGUUUACAUGAAUAGGCACAUUGCAUCUGUUCUUGGAAGUUUCACCCACAAAGGCCAUCCCUGUCUUCUGUUUGAACUCCUUGAAUUCAACCUGAAAGAACUCCACCUGAAGAAUGCGGCAGUUGUAGAGACGACUAACCCCAACUACCUGUCUCUCUAUCUAGUACAGAGGCUUUUAGAAGACAUCAUGAAAUGCUUACAGCAUGUGCACGCAAGAGGAUGGGUCCAUGCUGAUCUCAAACCAGCUAAUGUAAUGUGGUGUGCCCAAGAGGGCUGCUGGAAAGUUAUUGACUUCGGACACAGCUUCCAAGAAGGCCAUCAGGACUUCAGCCAGAUUCAGAGUUUCUGCUACCAGUCUCCUGAAGCCAAGACAUGGAAUGCCUUUAUCUUACAGCACAGCAAUGCACCAAGGGGGCGUAAACUCAGUGAUAAGCCCCAAUCCUGUACCUCGGCUGUAGAUAUUUGGAGUGUGGGGUGUAUUGUUGCAGGAGCCUUCACCGGUAUCAAGCUGUAUGAGCAAGGUGAUGUUGUGCCGGGUGGUUGCCAGCAAUGCCGGCAGAAAGACUGUGAGACGCUUAAAUGUGAGUGUGAGCCACUGAUAGAAGCUAUUAUAAACCAACGACCAAUUGACAAUCACAUUCCUAAGAUCAAUGACAUCGUGACUGACCUGCGUGAUCUUCUUAUUCAGAUGCUUCAGUGUACAUUUGAGGAUCGACCCACUGCAUCAGCCUGUCUCCAACAUUCCUUCUUCACUCAUAAACUGAAGCCAAGCUACAAGGAUUUAUUACUCUUGCCUACACGCAUUCUACAACUAGACAAUGUGACAAAUGACCAAGAGAAAGGUGGUACAACUGGUGAUUAUACAGAUAUUAUUGAUGACUUGCGAGAAGAAUGUGAGAAGUUUGGAAUAGUUCGGAAGAUUGUAUUGCCCAAAGAAGAAGAGAACAAAAAUAAGGCCUUUGUUGAAUUUGAAGAUGCAUUGGAUUGUGAGAAUGCCCAGAGAGGACUAGUUGGUCGACAGUUUGAUGGCAAACCUCUUCUGGCUACGUUCUACCCCAUUGAUGACUAUCGAUCUCAGAUUCUAGGCACGGCAGGUGGGUGUUGAUUCAAUCCUCACUGAUACUGAACCCCCAUUCCCAUAAAGGCACAGGACACUACUGGUAAUUACUCAAAAUAAUUAUUAGCAUAAAAACUUACUUGGUAACGAGUAA